AUGGCCACUACGCUCGAUGACCUGAUCAACAAGUCCGAACCUCAUCGGCACUUCAGCAAUCGUCCCAGGGCCGGUUCAGACCCAAUCGACACUCUCCAUCCCAACUCUGCUGGGGGCUGGUUCGAAAAAGCGGCUAUUGAGACUAACUUCUCGUGA